UCGCGCGCGUGCGGUUACACGGUGAGUCGCGGCGUGGUCGGUACGCAUAGUCGGCGCUCGGUCAAGGUGGAUACGGACGCGGCGCACGCGACGGCCGACCAGGUCGGACCGGCUGCGGCGGGAGACGGCGGCACAACCGGCGGCAAACUGCACGCUGCAAUCGUAGCGUCCGUCACGGCGUCUCCGCAGAAGUUGGCCACUACCAUCAGGGGCUUCUGGAACUCGUCCGCGGGUCCGGCUGCUAAUUCGGUUCUGGGAUGGCGGGGAAAUAUCAAGGAAACGAUCGCAAAAGGAUGGUGGAAUCUAAAUACGGAACGUACGGACAAGGACGUGGCUCUAGACUCGGGCGAACAACGACCAAGAACACCGGACGAGGAGACAAAACUACCAAAACUCCCAGUGCCUUUGCUGGAACGUACUACGAAACUAUAUCUGGAAACGCUGAAACCAAUUUUAAAUGAAAAACAAUACGAACAUGCUAAAAAACUAGUGGCAGAUUUCACGAGUGGGCCUGGUCCAAUGUUGCAAGAAAUAUUAAUCGAACGCAGAGAAGAACAUGACAAUUGGGUGUAUGAUUGGUGGCUUCACGAUAUGUAUCUUUGCAACCAAUCUUCGUUGCCAGUCAACUCCAAUCCUGGAAUGGUAUUUCCACCACUACCAAAUCUUUCUGCAGAAACACAGAUGGCCAAAUUUUCAGCUAGAUUUGUAGUUGAAAUGAUGAAUUUUAAACGUAUAUUGGACAAACGAGAGCUGCCUGUAGAAAAAGCUACAUCUAGAGAAAAAGGACAACCGUUAUGCAUGGCACAAUAUUAUAGACUAAUGAAAUCAUAUAGAGAACCAGGAUUAGUUAAGGAUCGACUUGUUGACUUCGAAUCAGAUUUGACAUUAUCAAGACCUCAUAUUAUAGUUGCUUGCAAGUCACAGUUUUAUGUGUUGCGAUUGACUUCGGGCGAAGACGCAACUCCCAUAACUGAGGAAGAAAUUGUGACCAAACUACUGAACAUUAUAAUGGACGCUAAAAAAACCGCCGGCACUGCGGGUACUUAUUCGGUGGGCAUUUUAACAUCGCAAAGGAGAGAUGACUGGGCUCAUAGCAGGGAGUUGUUGAUGAAAAGUGCUUCUAACCGCAAUAAUUUGGCAUUAAUCGAGCGUUGUUUAUUUUUCAUCAAUUUUGAUUUGGAACCACUUGGUCUGGAAUUUAAUUCCACAUGUAAAGUAGGUGCAAAAGGCUAUAGACUAUCGAAUGACAGAGAUGAGACAAACAUGAUGCAUCAAAUGAUCCACGGUGGAGGUAGUGAGUACUGUUCUGGCAACCGCUGGUUUGACAAGACUAUACAAUUGGUAAUUGGAAGAGACGGUGCAAAUGGAUUAUGUUACGAACAUUCGCCAUCUGAAGGAAUUGCAGUUAUUGAAUUAAUGGAAAAAUUGAUUAAAAGUACUAAAGACUUGAACGAACAAUCAAUGGACAUAAUGACAUCAACAGAAAAACCAGAAAAACUCAUAUGGAGUGUUAAUAAUGAACUCAUAAAACACAUAGCUGAUGCUUCUACUGUUUUGGACAAAUUAGUCAAAGAUUUAAACUUCCAUGUAUUCCGAUUUACUCAAUACGGAAAAGAAUUCAUAAAAUCGUGUAAGAUCAGUCCAGAUGUCUAUAUACAACUUGCAAUGCAAUUAGCUUAUCAUAAGCUUCACGGUAAACUGGUGGCUACGUAUGAGAGCGCCUCCACCAGACGUUUCCGAUUGGGUAGAGUGGAUUGUAUACGAGCGGCGACUAUGGAAGCACUGGAAUGGGCGAAGGCAAUGAAUCAGUCUGCCGUCACCGAAACUGGCAUAUUAGGCACAAAGAAGAUAUACUACACAGUGACUGAUAACGAAAAACUUCAACUUUUUGAAACUGCAGUAAAAAAACAAACUGACAUCAUGAUAGACAAUAUUCUCGGGAUGGGAAUAGACACUCACUUAUUAGGAUUGAGACAAGCAGCAAGAGAAAAUGCCAUAUCAUGUGCAGUAUUUGAAGACGAUUCGUUUAGAAUUGCCAAUCAUUUUGCAUUAUCAACAAGUCAACUAUUAACUUCCACUGACAGUUUCAUGGGCUAUGGACCAGUUGUGCCGGACGGCUAUGGCGUUUCAUAUAAUCCCCAAAGCAAUUCUUUGGUAUUCUGUAUAUCUUCGUUCAAAUCAUCUAAAACAACAAACAACAAUGCUUUUACGGUAGCUCUUGAACAAAGUUUGAUGACAAUGCAGAAAAUGAUUUACAUGAAAAGAAACUAA